CCUCAAUCAGAUUCCUUAAAAUUUCCUUCAACAAAUUGUUUUGUUGCUUCUAUCAAAUUCCUUAUCUUUUGCGAUCUCGAGGUUUCUCUCUUUUUCUAUGGAUACUAUGGCCGCGGUUCCGCGGUGGACGAGGGUCGAUGACAAGGAUUUUGAGUCAGCUCUGGUUAUAUUCCCGGAGGGUUCGCCGUAUUUUUUAGAGAAUAUCGCUCAUAUUCUGAAGAAAACAGUGGAGGAGGUGAAUUACUACUACGGCACGUUGGUCCACGAUGUUGAUCUGAUCGAAUCGGGUAAGUUUGUGUUGCCCAAAUACCCGGACGACGAUUACUUGACACUGACGGAAGCAAGUCGGUCCAGAAACAAGGGCACUGGGAAAAAGAAUGGAACUCCAUGGUCACAAAAUGAACACAGGUUGUUUCUGGAAGGACUAAAUAAGUUUGGGAAAGGAGACUGGAAGAACAUAUCGAGGUAUUGUGUGAAGUCAAGGAGCUCGACGCAAGUAGCAAGCCAUGCUCAGAAGUAUUUCAAUAGGCGAAAACGGGGGAUUACGGAUGGGAAACGCUCGAGUAUCCAUGACAUGACUCUGGGAGAUGUGGAAAAUGUCCAUGGAUCCAACUUGACGUGUAUGGACCAGCAGCCACAUUUUGGUGACCAAAUUUCUUGGAAUCAAUGUUACCUCUCCCAGGAAAACUUUCCGGUUUUCCGGUGAUGAUGGUGGGUGUAUGGCAAACUUUAAAGAACUAUGUUACGUUUUAAGUUUUCCUUUAUGAGAUUUUUGAUGUUGGAGCUUUGGUUUCUGGUGUAGACUUUAGUUUUAAAAGAAACUUAAAUGGUAAUU